GUUCAAUUAACUAAGAAACUACGGAGUAACUAUAGUUAAUUACUCUAGCCACCAUGGCAGACCAAACCUCGCAGUCGCCCAAUCCGGCAGAAACACCCUCAUCGCCUGCCAUAGUCUCACCGCCGCAACAGACAGAUCUUAUCCCUGCCGACGACGAGCACGACAACGAGGUGCAAGACGAUGCCGAUUCCACUCUUGGUGCAGACGCAGAAAGCUCGACUGCCUCAGUCUCCGCCAGUAUCCUUGAAUAUCGUCGCAGUCAAGGCCGCACUUAUCACAGCGAUAAAUUUACCACCAACUACUUUUUGCCCAAUGAUGAUCAGCAGCUAGAGUCCGUGGACUUGACUCAUCACUAUUUGACAAUCUUGUUGGAUGACAAGCUGUUUCUCCCUCCCUUAGAAGCAGAUAAUAUUAACAAAGUGCUUGACGUGGGCACUGGAACUGGUAUCUGGGCAAUCGAAUUUGCUGACCGUUAUCCGAAUGUCGAGAUUAUUGGUACCGACCUCUCCCCAUGUCAACCAGAAUGGGUUCCACCAAACGUUCGCUUCGAGAUAGACGAUGCAGCCCUCAGCUGGACAUGGGAGCCUAAUGAGUUCGACUUCAUUCAUAUCCGUUACAUAUUCGGUGCUAUCAAAGACUGGUCUGCCCUGUUCUCUGAGGCUUACCGCUGCUGCGUCCCUGGAGGCUGGGUUCAGUCUGCUGAAGCCGAUGUCGAGUUUCGUUGUGAUGACGGCACAAUCGAUAAAGAGCCAAACCUGAAGCUGUACAAGAAACUGUUUGAAGAAGGGGGAAAGAUUCUCGGAAAUCCCUUCUUCGUAUAUGACCAACAGGUUCAAGGGUUCAAAGAUGCUGGUUUUGAAGACGUCACGACUCUUGACUACAAGAUUCCCGUCGGAGAUUGGCCAAAAGACCCCAAGCUCGCCGAGGUAGGGAGAUUCGUUCGCGCUUGUUUGGAAACUGAUAUUGAAGGAUAUACUCUUAUGAUGUGGAAUGACGUACUGAGGUGGCCCAAAGAAGAAUACCAGCUGUUCCUUAUGAGCAUCCGCAAAGCUAUCAGGAACCCAAGGAUUCACACAUACAUGAGGGUUCGAUAUGUAUAUGGACGUAAGCCCUCACCACAGUGAGAUGAGACUUAUAUCAUUCGAGCAUUUCAAUAUAUAGAUACUUUGUGGUAUUCAAGAGUCGCCCCUCCAGUUUGAAUGUAAUCUAACAGGGUACCAAUACAUUCAUGAGCCCUAUUUUCUCGAUCCAGGCCGCCGAGUUAUGUCCAG